UGAGGUUCAGAGCCCCCCUCGCCCUUGCCCCUACUUCCCCUCCGACCUCAAGACACUGAGGCCGCCAGACUGCAGCCAAGCUGUCUGACAUGUCUGGACCGGUUCCGAGCCGGGCCCGCGUGUACACGGAGGUCAACACACACCGGCCCAGGGAGUAUUGGGACUACGAGUCCCACGUGGUGGAAUGGGGGAAUCAGGAUGACUUUCAGCUGGUGAGGAAGCUGGGCCGGGGAAAGUACAGCGAGGUCUUUGAGGCGGUCAACAUCACCAACAACGAGAAGGUGGUGGUGAAGAUCCUCAAGCCGGUGAAGAAAAAGAAAAUCAAGCGGGAGAUCAAAAUCCUGGAGAACCUUCGGGGAGGCCCCAACAUCAUCUCUCUCAUUGAUAUCGUGAAAGAUCCCGUGUCCCGCACUCCAGCAUUGGUUUUUGAACACGUCAACAACACAGACUUCAAGCAACUGUAUCAGACCUUGACCGACUAUGACAUCCGGUUUUACAUGUAUGAGAUCCUUAAGGCCCUGGACUACUGCCACAGCAUGGGAAUAAUGCACCGGGACGUCAAGCCUCACAACGUGAUGAUUGACCACGAGCAUCGCAAGCUGCGCCUCAUAGACUGGGGUUUGGCCGAGUUCUACCACCCCGGACAGGAGUACAACGUCAGAGUGGCCUCCCGCUACUUCAAAGGACCCGAGCUUCUGGUGGACUAUCAGAUGUACGACUACAGUCUGGACAUGUGGAGCUUGGGCUGCAUGCUGGCCAGCAUGAUCUUCAGGAAGGAGCCCUUCUUUCAUGGUCACGACAACUAUGAUCAGUUGGUGAGAAUAGCCAAAGUACUGGGAACUGAAGACCUGUACGACUACAUAGACAAGUACAACAUUGAGCUGGAGCCGCGCUUCAACGACAUCCUUGGCAGACACUCCCGUAAGCGGUGGGAGCGCUUCGUCCACAGUGAGAACCAACACCUGGUCAGCCCCGAGGCGCUGGACUUCCUGGACAAGCUGCUGCGCUACGACCACCAGGCCAGGCUGACGGCCCGCGAGGCCAUGGACCACCCCUACUUCUUCCCGAUCGUGAAGGACCAAGCUCGCAUGGCGGGCUCUGCUAACUUGCCCGGUGGGAUCCCAGCCGUCAGCACGGCCAACAUGAUGACUGGUAUCUCUGCCCUACCAGCCUCCACUGCCCUGGGCCCUCUCUCUGGCUCGCCCGUCUUGUCCGCUGCCAACAACUCCCUGAGCGCCGCCGUGCCCGCCGCCGCCGCCGCCCCCCAGUGA